AUGGAUGACGAUGAUGCUCCCCCCGAUCUGGUGGAUGUCACCCAGCUCCCAGACUCCGAGCUUCAAUCAUCGUCUGCGGAACUUCCCCCGCAAGAGCGCGUGCCUAUCACGCUGGUGACGGGUUACCUUGGUGCCGGCAAAACCACCUUACUCAACUACAUCCUCACUGAAAAGCAUGGCAAGAAAAUUGCUGUGAUAAUGAACGAAUUCGGGGACUCAACGGACAUCGAGAAACCUAUGACCGUCAACAAAGAUGGCCAAGAAGUCACCGAAUGGUUAGAAGUUGGAAACGGCUGCAUCUGCUGCUCCGUCAAGGACUCGGGAGUGAUGGCCAUCGAAUCCCUAAUGGAACGCCAGGGAACAUUCGACUACAUCCUUCUUGAAACCACCGGGCUCGCAGACCCAGGAAACAUCGCCCCUAUCUUCUGGGUAGACGACAAUCUCGGAAGCUCAAUCUACCUCGACGGAAUCGUCACACUAGUCGAUGCCAAAAACAUCCUGCAUCUUCUCGACGAACCAACACCAGAAGAAACCGUUCCUGUAUCUGACGAACCAAAGCACGACCACGACCACGAUCACGGCUCUGGACCGGUUCUCUCAAUGGCACACAUGCAAAUCUCCCACGCGGACGUGAUCAUCCUUAACAAAACCGACCUUGUCACGGCAGAGGAACUAGAACGUGUCCGGGAUAGAGUAACAGCCAUUAACAGCGCCGCGAAAAUCCACGUAACGGACCACAGCCGCACGCCUCAAAUCGAGGGUAUCGUCCUAGAUCUACAUGCAUAUGACCACCUCGAUAGUUUGGAUUUCAGUCAGAAGGGCCACAGCCAUAUUGACCCGUCCAUCUCAACAAUAGCCCUAACGCACCCGCCAUUUCCCGCCUCAAAAGUCCCUCUCGUAGACGCCUGGCUCCGCUCCGUCCUCUGGGACUCGACACUCCCCAUUGCUCCUACCGACUCUAGCGGUAACAGUCCUGCAAGUUUCGACAUCCACCGUCUAAAGGGCAUCCUAGCGCUCUCCGACGGCUCGGGCAAAAUCAUCCAGGCGGUGCGUGAAGUCUUCGAGAUCAGGGAUGAGGCUCCCUCUCCAGAGAGCGAGCGCAAGACUCAAUGCAAGCUUGUUUUGAUUGGGCGGGGGCUGGGCGAUGUCACCCCGUGGCAGACGAGCUUUGAUGAGUUUUUGGCGAGAGAUGAAUAA